AUGAUGACCUCUUUUCCUCUCCUUUGUCUAUCAGUUGCAAUAAUUGAAUCCAUGGCAGGAAUUCUAGGAAAUGGAAUUAUCUUAGCUGCCAGUUCAAUGAGCUGCAUGGGGAGCAAAACAUGGCCCCCAUUUGAUAUGAUCAUGGUCGCGCUGAGUUCAUCUAAGAUUACAUUGCAAUGCUGGAUUAUACUGGAUUUAUUCUUAAAUAUAUUUUGUGGACCCUCCUAUUUUCAAGAAAUUAUAUUUCGAUAUAUCAAGACAGGCUAUAUGUUUCUGAACUACUCCACCCUCUGGUUUGGAGCCUGGCUUAGUGUCUUCUAUUGUAUCAAGGUGGCCAGCUUUACACAGUCUUUCUUCAUCUGGCUGAAGCUCAGAAUUGCCAGGCUGGUGCCCUGGAUGCUGCUUACAUCAUGGCUCUGCUCCUUCACAGCCGCAAUUCCCUUCGCCUGGGAUGUCUACAGUGUGCACAAGAACAUCACUGCUCCUUCAUCCAUGACAAACUCUUCAGCAAGGAGAAUCACAAGGAAUGACAGUCUGGAUUUAUUAAUUCUUCUCUGUAAUGCUGGUUUAGGUACGCCUUUAAUACUGUCUGUUGUUUCAAGUGUUCUGCUGAUUUGGUCUCUGUGGAUGCACACCAGACGGAUGCAAAAUAAUGCAAGUGGCUUUAGGGAUCCCAGCUUAGAGGCCCAUAUGAAAGCCAUCAAGUCAGUCUGCUCCUUACUUAUCUUUUAUGUUACAUAUUUCGUAGCUUUCACUCUUCUUUUAUACAAUGCAUUUUUAAGUUUUAGCACCCCAAAAUCCAUAUGUAUAGCUGUAAUGGCUGCCUGCCCUACAGCACACACAUUUGUCUUAAUUUGGAGCAAUCCCAAAUUUCAAGAGCUGCCAGCUAGGAUUUGGCACCAUACUAAUUGUCAUGUCAGAACUGCAUCCAUGUAA